UCCCAGUUGUGCGUUUUCUGGGAAAAAAAUACGCACUUGGAGGUGGGAACGUAAACGAGAAAGGGCAGAUUAAAAAAAGGGAAAUAAUUUUGGAGACAGAGAGCGUAAUGUUGUGGUACUUAUAACGCAGCACUGCCAUUCCGAGCCGAAAAAUCUCCUCUGCUUCAUCCUCUCUCCUUCUCUGAUUCGCUUAGCACUCCGAUCAGUUUUGUUUGUAUCAGGGAGUUGCGGCCGCGGAGCAAGAAUUGCCUCUGAGGGAUUCGGUAAAUUUCACGGAGCGAGGUAAGGUUCCUCGAAAAUUCUUGCUUUGGCAUGUUGUCUCUCUGGGGCUUCUUUCAAAGGCGAGGCUUUGUCGCAUUCGGAUUGUUUUGACUCGGAUCUUGUAGUGUGUUCUGUGGGAUUUCUGUAAACGGUGAUUUAGGUUGCUACUUGGUUUGCUUGGUGAAUUCUCGGGGAUGGAUUUUGUGGGGGAGGUUUUUGCGAUUUAGGGGGGGUUUUGGUUGUGGUUUUUCAUGUAGAUGGAACCGAGCAUGAGAUCGGCUGGCCAUUCCGGGAUUGUAGUAAAAAAUAGAAACUCCUCGGGCUGUUUAAUAGUUAGGGAGAAACGAGAUGGUUUGGGAGGUAGAUUUGGUUCUUCGAGCAGCUCGCGGAAGCUGUGUGAAUCAAAGGUUAGGAAAAGGCCUAGUGUGGCUAAGAGUGAUUCAGAUUCAAGCGAUGAGUUGCUAAUUUCUCCAAUGAGAAGGCUUGGUUCUGAGACUAUUCGUGUCUGUAAUGGGCUGACUGCUUUUGAGCGGGGUACAGAAGAAAGGAGUGAAACUGGUAGAAAGAGGGAUAGAACGGAGCAGAUUAGACGUAAUGAGGAUUCUGUGUUUGACAAGAAUGGUUUGGAGCAGAGGGAAACAAAGAAGAAUAAACUGGGCGUGUUUGAUUUUGAUGAAUAUGAUGGUUUUGAUGUGCAAAUGACUCAAAGGAGGAAGUCUGAUGAUGAUAAUGGGGUUAGUUUUGGAGGAAGAAGGUUUAGGGAACCAAUGCAUGCUGCUUCUAGUGGCAUUGAGAGGGAAUUUGAAACAGGGUCCAGUAGACACAUUGUUUAUAGUAGAAGGAAUUCUUAUUAUGACAGGGCUAUUGGCUUGGAUAUAGGAGAUAAUAUUAACCAGAGCAGGUUAAAAGCAAAUAGGAGUGAUGCUCAGUUACCUCUUUCUUUGCUCAAAAAUAAGUUUAAAUCAGAUGAAUCCAUCAGGGUUCAGGGGAAAAAUGGUGUUCUGAAGGUGAUGGUUAAUAAGAAGAAGAAGGCUGGCCCAUUAGAGCACUAUGGUCAUCGCAAACCUGUGGGAAGCAGACAGAGUGUGAAGAAUGAGGGCAGUACGAAGAAGAACAACCUGGUCCAUCCUUCAUCAUACUCAGAAACAAAACUUGAUCGGAAGCCAGGUUUAGUUGUUAGGCAAGAGAAAAAACGGAUUUCAUCAAAAAAAUCAUUUUCAACUAAGGGCAAUAAGGGUCAUGUUUGGGAUACAGAGGACAGUGACUCAUCAUCAAAUCAGGAGUUAGAAACUUCUAAAACUCGCAAGUCUUUGAAAAGGGCAGGCUCUGAGGAUGAACAAACUCCUUUGCGUCAGAAACUCCCAACUGCAAUCAUGAAAAAAGGGAAGGUGAGGCAGGGUAGUGGCACAGAAAAACAGAAGCUGCGAGAAAAAAUAAGGGAGAUGCUACUAAGUGCAGGAUGGACUAUAGAUUAUCGACCGCGAAGGAAUAGAGACUAUCUGGAUGCAGUUUACAUUAAUCCAGGGGGUACAGCCUAUUGGUCUAUCAUCAAAGCCUAUGAUGCUCUUCAAAAGCAAUUGAAUGAUGAUGAUAAUGAGGCCAAGCCCACAGGUGAUGGUUCUCCCUUUGCUCACAUCUCAGAUAAGGUGUUGAGUCAAUUAACAAGGAAAACGCGGAAAAAGAUGGAGAAAGAAUUGAAGAAGAAGAAAAUUGAUGGUAGUGAGAGUGAGAGUGAUAGUGUAAAAGAACCCAAUCAUAAAAGAUCUGCGAGUGACAAGCAUGAUAUGAUUAGCAUGGAUAGUGAUAGCGAUGAAGAGAAAUUAAGCUCUUUUAUAAAGCAGGGAAAUAAGUCAAUGAAAAAUAAGGCGACAAAUAAUGUUUGUGCCAGUGCUAGCUUUAAAUCCCAGAAAUAUACCCGUCGCAUGCAUGAUGAAACUGACAAUUCAUUGUCCGAAUGUGAUCCUUAUCUGUCACAUGGGAGGAAAAGUAGAAAACAUGGAAGAUGUACUUUGUUAGUUCGGAGUUCUAGCAAGGGAUUGAAUUCAGAAUCUGGUGGUUUUGUUCCAUAUACUGGCAAAAGAACAGUGCUUUCCUGGUUGAUUGACUCUGGGACAGUUGCAUUGAGGCAAAAGGUUCAGUAUCAGAGACGAAAACGACUGCUACUUGAGGGAUGGAUUGCAAGUGAUGGAAUUCAUUGUGCCUGCUGCAGUAAAAUCCUCUCAAUUUCCAAGUUUGAGAUUCAUGCAGGUAGCAAAUUGCGCCAGCCAUUUCAAAACAUAUAUUUGGAUUCAGGAGUUUCUCUUCUACAGUGUCAAAUAGACGCAUGGAAUAGACAGGAGAAUUCGGAGAAAAUUAGUUAUCAUUCUGUGGAUAUUGAUGGUGAUGAUCCAAACGAUGACACUUGCGGUAUAUGUGGAGAUGGUGGGGCCUUAAUCUGUUGCGAUGGUUGUCCGUCAACAUUUCACCAGAGCUGCUUGGGUAUUCAGAUGCUUCCUCCUGGUGAAUGGAAUUGUCUGAAUUGCACCUGCAAAUUUUGUGGAAUUGCCAGUGGGACUGUUAAAAAAGGAGGUGCUCUACUUACCUGCAACUUGUGUGAGAAAAAAUACCAUGAAUAUUGUGCUGACAAGAUGGAUGCCCUUUCUAUUAACUCCAAUAUAUCGGGCUUUUCUUUUUGUGGAAAAGACUGCAAGCAGCUUUUCGGGCAUUUGAAGAAGUACCUAGGUACCAAGCAUGAGCUAGAGGCAGGAUUUUCAUGGUCUCUUAUUCACCGAACAGAUGAUGACACAGAGGCAGCUAAUAGAGGAUUUUUUCAAAGGGUGGAAUGCAACUCCAAGCUGGCUGUUGCAAUGACUAUCAUGGAUGAAUGCUUUUUGCCCGUUAUUGACCGGAGAAGUGGGAUCAAUUUAAUUCAUAAUGUUUUAUAUAAUAGUGGGUCAAACUUCAGUAGGUUGAAUUAUAGUGGUUUUUAUACUGCUAUUUUGGAGAGGGGUGAUGAAAUAAUUUCUGCAGCAUCUAUCAGGUUCCAUGGGACUAGGCUUGUGGAGAUGCCGUUUAUUGGAACUCGCCAUAUAUAUAGGCGUCAGGGCAUGUGCCGGCGGCUUUUUUCUGCUAUUGAAUCGGCCCUCCGCUCUAUGAAGGUUGAGAUAAUGAUUAUUCCAGCUAUUGCUGAACUCAUGCAAACAUGGACAACGAAUUUUGGCUUCACACAUCUUAAGGAAUCCCUGAGGCAAGAGCUGCGUUUUUUGAAUAUUCUAGUGUUCCCUGGUAUAAAUAUGCUACAGAAGGCGCUAGUAGAGAAAGGAAACUAUGAGGGGAAAACUACAGGUGUUGAGAAGAUGGAAAAUGGAGACGAAGUUAGUAUUAAGCCAAAAUUGGCUGAUGGGUCAGAUGAUUCCUCAAAUCAACAAGACCUUGAUGGAGGUGAUAAUGCUGGUUCAAGUCCUGCCAAUGAGAUAAAUGAUGAAUGCAUUGAUGCUUCUCAAGAGAUGAAAGAUCAGGUUUUAUCUGCCAGGACUUCGUGCUCCAAAUCUCAUUCUGAGGAUAGGCUAUCUGACUCGGCUUCAGAUAAAUGUUCUUCUCCUUCUAGUACAAAUCAUGUUGCACUGGAGGUGGAAAAACCUGUGAAAGAUAAUUUGAAUACAUCUGGCAAAAGUCAGGUCAUUUCUCUGAAUGAUUAUUCCAUUGACGUACACAGAUCAGAUGCUCCGGAUUGCCCUGAAAAUUGCACUUUGGUUCCCGCAACUGCACCCUCUGAUCCUAACUUGACAGAAGACCUGGUUGAGCCUGUUUCUGACGAGAGAAGUCACUUGCCCAUUGCUGUAAAUGGUGAUUCAUCUGGGAACGAGAUGAAUCCAGUGGUGGAUAAUAUGGUGUCAUCUGGAGGGGUUGGCGUGAAUAAUGCUCUUGAGGUUCCUAAGGCUGUUCCUUCAGGUGGGUUCUCUGAAGAAAAUAUUACCACACGGAGCUAUGAAAAUGCUGAUAUGUCUGAUUCUAUAGUCAAUCAGGCUGAUGAGAGUUCCUUGCAAAUCAGUUCAGGUUUGAAUAGUGAAACUGUGUGCCAAGAAAGAAAUUUACACGUAGGCACGGAAGUUGCUUCAAAAAAUAUGCUUUCUGAUGAAAAUGGCAUCCUUGCAUUCAAUGAUAGUUCUGAGACUGAUCAAGAGUAAGAGAAUUGCCGUGUCUAUUACGGCCAAUGCGCUUGCUUCUCAACUGCUCACACUGCUCUACUCAUGUAGUCUUUUAUCAAAGCUGCAAUGCCUUUUAUGCAAUCAAUUUUUCAAGGCUUUGGCGUUAUGAUGCUUCAUGAUGUGGUCUGGAUGGUAUGAAUAAACCCUAUUAUUUUCAAGGGAAGUACUGACGGGUCCCUUGCAUCAUGGAUAAGCAUGAAUUUUUUAAGGACCUAAAUCAAGUUGAUUUCUUGUCCUUGUUUCUUCUGCCAGAAAGAUUCAAUAAUGCUUUACGCAGAAGAUUGAUUCCGCGGCUGCUAUACGUGAUUCUUCAAGUACUUGGUUUCAUGUGUCAUUAUCCAUUUUGAUGGAUAAUUGACAAAAAAAAAAAAACAAGAAAAAUGGCUAUUUAUAGUUUAAUUCCACAGCUUCUGCCCAGUUUUGUGGCCCACGUCAAGAACUAGUAUGGGUCCCUUGUAUUACGCGGGAAGCAUGUAAGAUGGUGUCAAUGCCAUUGCCCAAUGACAUUUUUGAGGUUUUGAUUUUGCUCAUCUUUUCUCUGUAAUUAAGUUAUUUGAUGUCAAUGAGGAAAACUGAAAUUUGUUGCGAAGAAGCAGCAGCAAAGUUUUCCUUUUCGUUGUUUUUUUUUUUUUUCCCCAACUUUAAAUAGCUGUAAUGGGGGGUGUGUGUGUUCUGGGUAUUGAAAGCUCAUCAACAUUAGGGUAAAAUAUUUAUAGAAUUACCUACACAUUGCUUAUUAA